UUUUUUUAACUUGUUUUUUGUUUUGUUUUUUUAUUUAUUUUUUAUUUUUUAUAAUCAGAUGGCCGAGAUCUUUAGGUUGCAACCUAUCGCUCUGGAAGACCCGAAAUCGAAUCCUGACGGGUCUAAAAUCCCAGGAAUUUUUGGGGGAUGGUCCGUCCGACCAUCCUACGACCAUCCCCUGACCUCCUCGUUGUAGGUCUGGCCGAACUCAUAUAGGAGUUGCUCUUAGUGCCCACAGGCCGGAAGGAGAGGAGGAAAAUAUAUAUAUUUAGACCUAUAAGACUUAUUUUCAGUUAAGAUUUUGAUUUCAUUGAUUAAACAGAAAUUUGGAAUGAAAUAAUCAUGUAAUUGAAUCUCGAUAUGGGGUGCUGUGGAACUGCAGUUCGAAUACAUGCCAAAAAUGACAUUUCUUUAAACGGAAGAUAUGUUCCAACCGAUGUUGAGCUGUUUGAUGGACCAAUAAAGGAAAGAAAAUGCCAGGAUGUGGUGUUUUUGAUUAUUUUUAUAGUUUUGUUAACAUUCGUGGUAUUUCAUUAUUUGAAAAUUCCAGAAAAAGAUUUAAUUCGUUUUAUAAAUGGUAUUGAUGAUAAUGGAAAUAUAUGUGGAAUUAAAAAUCAGAAAUUUGAAAAUAUUUCUAGUUCUGGUCGUGAUAUGACAGAUAAGGAAUUUUUUAUGAGUUGUGACCGAAGACACUAUAUAUGCCAAAUACCAUCCAAAUGUGUUGAUAGAUGUCCAUCUGAUUACAGGUAA